UGGGAAAGACUUGACGGAAUCUGAAUCAGAAGAUUCUCUUGAUUUUUUGUUGGAGGGUGCUGAUGAAGCUUUGAUUAGUGCUUUUCUUGUUCUUUUGAGAGCUAAAGGUGAAACCUUUGAAGAAAUAGUGGGAUUGGCAAGGGCAAUGAUAAAGCAUUGCAGACAAGUUGAAGGCUUAGGCGACGCAGUUGAUAUUGUUGGGACAGGAGGGGAUGGAGCAAACACGGUGAAUAUUUCAACAGGUGCUUCAAUACUUGCUGCCGCUUGUGGUGCAAAAGUAGCCAAGCAAGGGAGUAGAUCCAGUUCAUCCGCUUGUGGGAGCGCAGAUGUAUUGGAAGAACUAGGUGUUGCCAUUGAGCUGGACCCUGAGGGGGUGAAAGAGUGUGUAAAUCAAGCUGGAAUUGGUUUUAUGAUGUCUCCAAUCUACCAUCCGGCGAUGAAGAUUGUCAGACCUAUCAGGAAAAAACUGAAAGUAAAGACAGUGUUCAACAUCCUGGGACCUAUGUUGAACCCAGCAAGAAUGCCGUUUGCUGUUAUAGGGGUAUACAAAGAAGACCUGGUCCACAAAAUGGCUAAAGCAGUUCAGAGGUUUGGCAUGAAAAGAGCAUUGGUUGUUCACUCGGAAGGCCUAGAUGAGAUGAGUCCUCUUGGCCCUGGAUUAGUCCUUGACGUCACACCAGACAAUAUUGAGAAGUUCUCCUUUGAUCCAUUGGACUUUGGCAUCCCUCGUUGCACUCUUGAAAGUCUGCGAGGUGGAGGUCCAGCGUACAAUGCAGAGAUGCUCAGACGUGUGCUCUCAGGAGAAAAAGGGUCGAUUGCUGAUGCAUUUGUACUAAAUGCAUCAGCUGCUCUCUUGGUAAGUGGACGUGUUAAUAAUCUGGCUGAGGGAGUAGCAUUAGCUCAUGAAACACUACUCUCUGGCAAAGCGGUGAAGACACUUGAUCAAUGGAUAGAAGUUUCCAACAAGGUGAAGGAAGCAGUACCUCGAGUCACUCCACUUGCUACGUGACCUGGUGGAAGACAUCAAGCUGUCGAUGUUAUAUUCGCGGGAGUCAACAGCUUUCCCUGCUGAGUAAUUGUUAAAAGAUUCAAAAUCAAAGAAAGAAUGGAUAACACAAAACUUGCAAUUUUGGCUUGGAGAAGGACUAGAAGAAGGGGUUGAAAAGAGAACAAAAAACAAAUGCAACUUUGGCUUGUGAAAUUUGUACGGCGGCUGUAGAUUUCUGUGGAAAGCAUUGUUUGUAAUGACAAUAAACAAGCAUAAGAAAUGGCUCUUUGCUGGCCAUUAUAUUUUCUGAGUGGAAAAAAGAAGAAAAAAUAUAUGUACACUCAUUUUUAUCAUUUCUGAAAAUCUGAGUCAAACUAGUCAUUUCCAA